UGUGGUGGGUGGGGGGGGGCUUCACUCCGGACCGAAGGCGAGAUGAGAACGCUGCCUCUGCUCCUCCUCCUCAGCCUGGCCCGGCCGGCCCGGUCCGCCCCCCCGACCUGCUACUCCCGCAUGCUGGAUCUCAGCAAGGAGAUCAUGGAGGUUCUGGAGCGAAUCCACAGGUUUCCCAGAACGAAAGAGUGCGCUCAGGUUUUACCCAAGAUGUUCCUGGACAUACAUAAUUCCUGCAUCACCGCUAAACUGCGGGACUUCCUGUACGUGGUGGAGAACCUGCCGGUGGAGGCCUGCCGAGAACGUCCGCGAUUCGUCAACCUGAAGCGCAAAGUCCAAAAACUGUACUUCAUCAUCAGCCAAGCGUGCUACCGGGAUCUGGUGUAUUUAACGGAUGACUGUGAGGCUCUGGAUACAGGAUACAGCCGCCCACGAUACACCGAGGACAGACUGCAGCUACUGGAGGAGACCAGCUGAGAUACACACACACACACACACACACACAAUACACAAACACACACACACACACACACACACACACACAUAUAUAUAAAUAAAGACACAAGCUACAGAUAAAACAUGCAGUGGAGUUUUCUCUUUACUGCAGGUUUUGCUGGUUUGUGUUUUUUUAUCUACCUUUUCUCCACUAUCUCUCUCUCUCUCUCUCUCUCUCUCUCUCUCUCUCUCUCUCUGUGAUGAAUUCCUUCUUUUUUCAGGCUAAUGUUGAUGAUGAUUCACUUCCUCUGAGAGCUUCUUUAACCGCAUGUUGUUGGUUCACAGCAACCGAUUCCAAAUAUAAUCUCCACCCCUAAAACCAGCUGCAGAUCUUUUACCUCCUUAACUGAUGAUGAAUUAAUAAAGAAGCUAAAAUAGCUUUUCGCUUAAUCUGAAAAAUAGAAAAAUGGUUGUAAUUUCUAAAAAGUUCAUUUGAUAUUUUGUUAAACCCCUUGAAUUAAACCUGAAAGUCUGAAGUUAAAUUAUAUUUUAUUUUAUAUUAAUUUUAAAUCCAAUAUCCAGUACUCGCAGAAUACGGUGUGUUUUUGUUUUAAACUGAAAACAUGCACACACACACACACACACAAACACACGCCUGUUUCAGAUGACGUGUGUGUGUGUGUGUGUCUGCAUUCCAGCAGUGGAGGAAAACUUUCCACAGGAAAUGAGGGAAUGCGAGCGGCCCCCCAAUCGCCCACAGCCCCCCCUAUUAUCAUUAUCCACACCAGGGGGAGGGGCUUCAGGUUACAUGUAAACAUCAUCAGCUGAUGUGGUUAAUUUGGGAGGGACUAAAUUACAUCAAUCAGAACCUAAUAAAUAUACCUGGAUUCUGAAGUCCAGUACAGAACCGGUUCCCACAGUAUCAGUGCUGACGGGUCGAGCGAGCAGCACCCUGACCUCUCUCUCUCCUGCAGCUCAGAUCCGGCUCUACAGGACCAGAAUAAUUCACUUCUGCUCAACAUCACCAUUCUGUUUCUACAUUACAGUUAUCAGUUAUUAGAGGAUCUGCUUUCAUUCCAUCCCAACCUAAUAAAGACCUGUAUAUAUAUAUAUUACUCCUCUCUCUGCUGACUGUUUAUCUGUUCAUCCUGAUGUAGCAGAUCUAUAAUAAAGAAGCUGAAUUGAA